AGUUCAGUCGACCUGGGGCAUCCGCUGAUGGAUAAGAGUUUCCGUCGCUUUAGUUGUUGCAGGAAAGCUUAGAUUCAUAAUCUCGUGAAUUCUCAUAAUCUCCAUCUCUUUCUCACAAAUGAAAUCGGGACUGACGGGGCUCGAACCCGCAGCUGGAGCCUUGACAGGGCGGUGCUCUGACCAAUUGAACUACAAUCCCAGGGUCAAAGAAUUAUCGAAGUGUACAACAUAUCUUCUUGAAGAAAGAGCUGAGUUGCGCCUUCCCCUAUCUUUGAAAGGCAUAUUUCUGAAAGAAAAGAAAGGAUUAAGGCCUCAAAACUCCCAGAAAGAGAAAGCCUAUGUCUCACUGAAAUCGGAAUCAGUCAGGUCUUGAGUAGGAUGUUGCGGAAACUAGAUCCGCUCUUCUUCUUGAAGAAGUAUGUGAAAAUCAGUCCUUUUGUUUCAUAAGUAGUUGGCUGCACCUCAUCCGUUGAGAGGUAAGCUAGAUCGUAACGAAGGCGUACUUAUGUACUCCCACGUUUGUGAAUUCUACGGUUUUUUGACUCUCUUUUUCUCUCUGGAAAGAAAGAAGUCAAAUUGCUCAUAUUCCAACAAGCAAAUCUGACGCUCGAAGAAGCGUGAACCUACUCUUUUCAAAGGAACCUACUUAAAGGAAGAAAAGGCUAGAAGCGAAGAUAAAGGAGAGGAAACCUACUUCAAGGAAUAAGACGACUACGGAGGGGAGGCACUACUCAACCUACUAAAUCAAAGAAAGGAAGAAUUGCAUUUUGAUGCCUUCUACUAGGCUUUUUCUUAGCGUUAACCUACUAUUUGGAAUAAGACGAUAGAGGAGGCGCGAAGCGACUGAAUAGGAGUGCAAGUGCAGAGGCAGAUAAAAGGAAGAAAAAGAAGAAUCUCCUAAAAAACAAGACUGAAGGAAGCUUCUACAUUUGAGUGGAAUGAAAAUGGAAAGCCUAUCCUCUCGUCUAGUUCCAUCUUUGACUUAGUGGAAAGCGUCCGUCCUCAGUCGUCAAAAAUCCAUAUUAACCUCUCAUUGAGGACCUUUAUUUUUGCUUAGCGGACAGGUCCGAAGUCCUAGUCUUUUAGUGGAAUUCGAAAAGAAUUUGAGAAGCUCAUUGAAUAAAGACUUCCUUAUCCCUUAUUAGGAUUAGGAGUGCAACGAAAGAAAUCCAUAUUAACAUUAGGACCAUAUUAGUGGAAUGAACAAGUCCGGAGGACCAGUCGCUUCUCAAUAUUCUUUGAGCCUCUCAUUGAUAAGGACAUAUGAAUCUGUCCGGAGGACGGGUUAGUGUCCUUAUCUAAUGAGCACAUUCAAAGGCGAACUUUCAGUCGCUUCUCUCUUUAUUUAUUGAAAGCUCAACUCCUACGGAGCCUCUUCUGAAUUCCACUAUUCUUUGAGUUCCAUCUUUUCUACAUCUACAUUCUGAAAAGAAAGCCUAUCCUGAGUAAACUCUGCUGCUUUACCCUUGAGAAAAAAGAGUGAGCGCUGACUGAAAGAACUUCUCAUUCCUCCGAUCGAUCUAAUUCCCUUUCGGCUAGGGCCUCUCUCUCAGUUACCUCUUUUUCAGGUAAAUCCUUUCUACGAACCCACUCAGGAUAGCUUCCCCUUACUCAAUCGAGACGGAUUCCUCAGACUUUGGUCUCGUCUAGUCUAACCGUAGGCUUUCUCUUGAUUUUGAUAUUGAUAAGAUGAAAGAAUCAAAAAAAAAGGGCAGGCUUCUCUUCUGCAGCCACUUAUGAAACUGAAACCGCAUUCAAAUUCUUUGAACCUCCUGAUUCCGACCCCCUUCUUAGCUCUCGCUGGUUCCCUCCUCUCGUAACAAAAGUCCUCAAUUUCAUCGACCCUUUCGUGUACUCUGUCUGAGGAAACUGAGUUCUGGAAGUCUGAUUCUUCCCUUCUCUCCAACUAGGUAGGGAUCUGACCCUUCUAACCUCGUAUUGAAAUAGUUCUUCUACUCGUCUAUUGGGUUUCUUCUUUCUUAGUUAUCAGAAAGAGAGAGAAAGCAACUACUAUUAUCCACGAGAAAAGAAUGAGGUUAUGGGCGGAAUGCUUCAUUCUCAUGAGAAGCCCUUAGCUACGGGGAGAAACCCCUCUCUUUCACACCUCUGGCUGGAAGUCCUGCCGAUUUCAAGCAUCAAAAUUCCAUUCCUCUUGAGAUAUUAUGACCGCCUCAAUGAGGGUCUUCCCCUCUCGGUAAAGCUGCUGAUAACCGCCCCGUGGGUGAUCUCGACUGAUUCAAUUCAUAACCUUCAGUAGUCGAGCUACUUUCUUUGUUCCACUCCCUUCCCUAUCUAUAGAGCAUAUUUCAUACCUCUUCCGAGACUGAUUAGUAUUGGGAUAGACUGAUAUUCCUCUAACUCUUGCAUCGGCAACAUCGAAUUCAAGGGAUGACCUCUAUUGACUUAUUUGACCUAUCAACCGCUACGUGGGCAACCGGAAAAAGAAGCGCUGCUUCCUUCGCUCCUACUUAGGAAGGAUGCUACCGCGGAGUGGGACUCUUUCACUUAUCAUUGUGAUAGCUAGGGAGGGCUAGUCUCCUAUUGUUCUUGCUCUGAAUUGGUCCUUCGCCUGGGGCUCCCUAUCUUUCUCCCGAUCGAGCUACUCGUCUCGACUUCUUAGUCUUGUUCUUGCUCUUCUACUGUAUAGAGUCCAUAACCUUGACAGUUGAGAUAUAUAUUGACGCCUAACCUGUCCUGGGCCUAGCCCGCGAAAGGGUUCUGCUCAUUUGACCAGACAUGCCUUCGGGCUCUGGUACCUCUUCCGAAUGAGACUGAGAUCAACUGAGAAAGGCUCUGCCCUGCCUUCCGCUAAACUAGAUAAAUGGAUAUUAGAUCAAAAACGAGAGAGGGAUAUCCCACUAUUCUCAAUAUAGUAAAGUAAGGCGGAGAACUCUUGUUCAUUGGAGUGCGGAGGUUCUUCCCUUCAGUCAGAGUGUGGGGACUGAGCCUGUAGAAUGAUAAAGAGAAAAAAGUCUUUCCUUGAGUUGGAAAAACCAACGCAAAUAUCAUAUUGACUUUGUCUCGCCCUACUUCUAAGUCUCGAUAGAAAAGGUUGGAGAGAUUUCUUCAAUUCUCUCCUUUCUAAAGCAGGGCAAGGCCCCCAGAAGGCGCUAAAAAGGUGGGGGAACAAGAGUUCUCACGAUAGUCAAGAGAAAUGACUAAAAGAAAGCAACGAUUCUCUCUUCUUAAACAACCUAUAUCCUCCACACUGAAUCAGCAUUUGAUAGAUUAUCCAACCCCGAGCAAUCUUAGUUAUUGGUGGGGGUUCGGUCCGUUAGCAGGUCUUUGUUUAGUCAUUCAGAUAGUGACUGGCCUUUUUUUAGCUAUGCAUUACACACCUCAUGUGGAUCUAGCUUUCAACAGCGUAGAACACAUUAUGAGAGAUGUUUCAGGGGGCUGGUUGCUCCGUUAUAUGCAUGCUAAUGGGGCAAGUAUGUUUCUCAUUGUGGUUCACCUUCAUAUUUUUCGUGGUCUAUAUCAUGCGAGUUAUAGCAGUCCUAGGGAAUUUGUUCGGUGUCUCGGAGUUCUCAUCUUCCUAUUCAUGAUUGUGACAGCUUUUACAGGAUACGUACUACCUUGGGGUCAGAUGAGCUUUUGGGGAGCAACUGUAAUUACAAGCUUAGCUAGCGCCAUACCCGUAGUAGGAGAUACCAUAGUGACUUGGCUUUGGGGUGGUUUCUCCGUGGACAAUGCCACCUUAAAUCGUUUUUUUAGUCUGCAUCAUUUACUCCCUUUUCUUUUAGCAGGCGCCAGUCUUCUUCAUCUGGCCGCAUUGCAUCAAUAUGGAUCAAAUAAUCCAUUGGGUGUACAUUCAGAGAUGGAUAAAAUCGCUUUUUACCCUUAUUUUUAUGUCAAGGAUCUAGUGGGUUGGGUAGCUUUUGCUAUCUUUUUUUCAGUGUGGAUUUUUUAUGCUCCUAAUGUUUUGGGGCAUCCCGACAAUUAUAUACCUGCUAAUCCGAUGCCCACCCCGCCUCAUAUUGUGCCGGAAUGGUAUUUCCUACCGAUCCAUGCCAUUCUUCGUAGUAUACCUGACAAAGCGGGAGGUGUAGCCGCAAUAGCACCAGUUUUUAUAUGUCUCUUGGCUUUACCUUUUUUCAAAAGUAUGUAUGUGCGUAGUUCAAGUUUUCGCCCUAUUCACCAAGGACUAUUUUGGUUGCUUUUGGCGGAUUGCUUACUACUAGGUUGGAUCGGAUGUCAACCUGUGGAGGCACCAUUUGUGACUAUGGGACAAAUUUCUCCUUUUCUUUUCUUCUUCUUCUUUGCCAUAACGCCCAUUCCGGGACGAGUUGGAAGAGGAAUUCCUAAUUCUUACACGGGAUGAGCCCGUCCUCCGGACUGACGGCUUUCCUGACUGAACUUUUUGUUCUUGGACUGAUUUAUGGAAUUUCAUUGUUCUAAGAAGUGCUAAAUUCUGACACAGAGUGAGUCUUACACCAAGAAUGAAUUGACAAGCCGA